AUGAAAAAAACAACACCCUCACCGUCUGCAUUCCUGCUGCCGUCUAACCUUCUCGUCCCUGUUACGUCGUUCCUGUUCCACUCGACAGAAAAUUCCCGAUCGGGAAACCAGAUGGAAGCCGACGCCGCCUCCUCGCUCAAACCCCCGGCGCCAGAGGAAGCCUCACAAGAGGAUCCCUUGCCAGUGCACUUCUCCUCCUCCGGCGCGGCUGCCCCCGCGACCACGGUGACGUCUCCCGGGGCAAGGGAGGUGGCGGCGGCGAUGGAGGCAGUGGAGCGAGACGCCGCCGCCAUCGCCGAGAGCUACGCCUCCCUAUUCGCCUCCCUCCGCAUCACACUUUCCAACGUUACCUCGACGUCAGCCGAUAACAUGGAGUGCUUGGGCGAAGUCGUAGGCCGCCUCCAGGAGUCAGCACUUGAAGCGUCUUCCAGAGGCAAUAAGUACAUCCAUUCAUGCCUGAGGUUAAAUGAGGAAAUGCGAGGCUUGGAAAGCCUAAGUAUGCAGCUAAAGAUUAUGCGGAAGAUCGUUGAUUCACUAGAUUUGGCUGUUGAUCAGCUGCUCCACCUCCCGUAG